UAAAAAGCUGGUGGGGAGAGGAGAGCCUAGCCUGCUGUUGGCUUGUCGUGACUCCCCGGUGUGUACGUCACACGGGCUCCGGUCAAACGUCACGCUCAGCCGAGGACGAAAAGGAUGUGUGUGCCUGCUGUGCGGUGUGCAGUGUCGCGUUGUUGUUAUAGAUGACCCGCUGAGCGCUGAGCCUUUGCCGUGCCACUGGGUCACUAUGUGCGGUCUGUGGCUCCGCGCUUGUGAGCUGCAGCAUUAAAACAUUGAGUGGUAUCGCAUAUCGUUGCCGGCUCUAAAUGGCAACCGCUGAACCUCGGAGCGGCGACAGUGAUGUCAGCUUCAGAAAAGACGGGCGUUUCGACUGGCCCGCGGUCCAAUGGAUCGACAGGCUCGAAUUGCAAGUGCGAGCCCGCGGCCGUGGUCGUCAAGCCGUCGGUGCGGACGGCGUUCAAGCAGCGCAAGUACACGAUUCUAGACGGGCUGUGCGUGCUUUGUUCCGUGGGCAGCUUUCUGUUCGACACCGGCUCGGACAUCUGGGUCGCGUACCGACACUACAAGGACGGCAGUUAUUGGUAUUUUGGGUUGACAGUCGCCUUUAUCAUGGUGCCCGCAACGAUCAUGAUGGGCUUUAGCUUUAGGUGGUAUUUGCUAGAUCUCAAGCAGCACCAGAAGCACCCGUCCAAGCUUCAGUGGUUCGUGAGGACUGCCUUUCACUUGCUACAGCUGGGACAAGUCGUCAGAUAUGUGGACGCUCUCAUCUAUGGCCUUAAGAGCGCCCGCAGCAAGUCGGAGCAGCGUGAAUUCUACAGACGGAGCGCGGAGGAAGACGUCGACGCCAGCAUGCUGCGCCUCUUUGAGUGCUUUAUGGAGGCCACGCCGCAGCUGAUUCUGCAGAUCUGCAUCCUCGCCAGGGACUACCCGCAUCAGGAGGAAGACUUUUGGACAAUGGUGGCUCAGAAUGUGUCCAUCGUGACAUCCCUGGUGUCUGUGGCCUGGUCCCUGGCCUCGUACAACAAGUCACUGCGGCUGGUCAUCGAGGACAAGGCGAACAUGCGGUGGCGGGGUGCGGCCGUCUACUUCCUCUGGCGCCUCUUUGUCAUCGUGCCUCGAGUGCUGGCCCUGGGGCUGUUCGCCUCUCUGUUCCCGCUCUACAUGUUCCUCGUCUGCGGCUUUCGCUGGCUGGUCAUGUCUGCCUGGAUCAUCUCCAUGAAGACUCAGUUCUACGAGAACAGGGUGGAGGAGCUGGUGUACAACCUGGUGCUCGGUGUGGUGUUCAUCUUCUGCUACCUAAACCCGGUGGACACUCCAACUCGGUUUCGCAUGUCUGCCUUCUACGUCGGCACCUUCAUUGAGAACAGCGUCCUGCUUGGUGUCUUCUAUGUGUACAGUCCACAGGAUAUCUGGUACAAGGUUCCUGCAGUGCUCGGUGGAACGCUCUGCUUUUUUCUUGGCAUCACCUUCAUGGUGAUCUACUAUCUUCUCCUCCAUCCAACGAGCAGCAUUCCCCUGGUGCUGCACCGUAACCAGUGUCUUCCGGUACCGCGGGCGCAGAUCCGCGAGGAGAUUCUCAAGGCCAGCACGCUCGAGAACGACAUGGCCAGCCACCUCGAAUCUCUCACCACACAGUCUCCGCCCAGUGAAGAUGACUGCAGCUGCUCCUGCAAAACAGACAGUAGUGCACGAGAGAGCCACAAUGAGGUUGACGUUUAACCAAGAGUGCCAAUUAGGCCAGGGCCACUGGUGCAAGGUUUGCGUUGCAGUGACCCAGCAGUCACUGAUAAGGUGGCUUAGCAGAUGGAAAGAUUUUUGAAGAGCUAAAUGGAGGAAGAAUUUCACACAAUGUACUUGCCUGCCUUUUUUGAAAUGGAACUAUUGCAUAGGCCCGCACAGAUAGAGUUAGACAACACCAGCAAGUACAAAACAAGCCAACUUCCAACUGGAUGUGUCUUUACACGGCGUAGCGAGAGUUGUUGCUUUGUUCACAAAAAUGUGGCUUCUUUUCGCCUCCUGAAGUACUUCCAUUACACCUGUCUCUACAGUGUUCAGAACAUUUUCACGAAUGUAACGCAAGUUUUUCUUCAUUUUCCACAGUUGCCAGCCGAGGAGUGCACAUUGUUUUAUUUUUAACACCAUGAAAAGCACACAAUUUUUUUCCCCUCCAGUUCCAUUUUUCAAAUUAAUGUAUGCUCCACCGUCAGGCGACUAAACUUUGUGGAGAAACCACCUUGUCAGUGACUUGUAUCACUAAAACGUAAACAUGAUAACGUCAAAAGUGAAGUUGGACUGCAGUGCGCGUGACAGUUACCAACGGGCACCGCAAGAACUUCAACAACGUAUGAUGCAGUCACCAAUGACAACGGCUGUCAAUUUAGUAGCGGGUGCAUUGAAUGGUUCCACUGGUCACCAUGCAGCAAACUCCUGUUUGUGAUAGCCCUGUGCCACUAUGUAUUUAUGUUCAAUUCACUGACGGAAGCAGCUGAGUAUGUCCGUGCCACUGUAGUUCUUCGCGGCUGUCACUGCUUGGACCAGAGUGUCAGGCCACACAGAGUGUUUGACGACGAUAGCGUCCGAGCUGGAUGAUGGUUGCCAUAUGUCUUUCUCUCAUGACCCCCUUGUACAGGCUGCCAUGUCAUGGGUCACACGUACAGCCUGCUGAGUUUUUAGUAAUAUAGCUUGAGUGUCGAGCGCAUGGAAUGUCAGUGCCUUAUGACGGUGAGGAGCAGCAAGAUUGACAAUGGUACGUGCAAGCAUGCAAAGCACUCUCCAGCAUAAGCAUCGUCUGCUACGUUAUUUGCUUCAUGAGUGUACGUGUCCUAUUUUUAUUAUCCGUGAGGCCCCGUCAUUCACAUACAAAACCUCGUAUGUGCCAGUAACAUCCCUUUCAUGUAUCUUUUUUUCUUUUAGUCCAUGGCACAUGCGUGGGUCCAGCAGUACGAAAGAAUAAUGGAAGGUCCAUUGCAGAUGACACAUCAUAGCCAGGGAGGUGUUUUUCUUCACACUGGAUCUUUUGUAAACAAAACUGCACAGAUAAGCCUGGCACGGGAUGUGUCCUUCUAGAGCGAUAAGUGUAGCAGAAGAUGCUUGCACUAAAGUGUGCCUUGCACGCAUGUACCUACUAUCCCCACUCUCAACGCAUCUUGCCAUUACAAGACGCUGUAUUGCUGAAUUUGCUGCCGCUUCGAACGCUGCUAGUUUUAAUUGUCAGAUGCGUUAGUUGCACUUGGAUAACUCGUGAUCGUGCCUCAGGGUUCAACUUAUUGCAUUGCACUCGCCUACCACUUAGUUUUUAUUUAGUGAAUGUUGGUGCAGUGAAGCCUCAGUAUAGUGAACUUCAACUUGCGUAAACUACAAAAGCAUGACAUAAACACUUUUUUUUCCUUUACUUCUUUUCCUGGUUCGAAUUCACCUGAGUACUGUGUGCCCUUUUCCGCAUUUUAGUGAGGUGAUCUUGUUUUGCCGUUUCGAUUUAAUUAUGUCUGUCCUAUUCACUUGCAUGUACAAGCACCCACAAAAGUUUGAGACACAUGAUUUGUGAAAAAACUGAAUUCCGGUGUUGCCUGGGCUCAUAGCCUCAAAUUUAAAGUUUCGAUGAGAGUCCUUGCGACUUAGACAGUGAUUCAUUAAAAGAAUGCCAUGCAUUAACAGUACUACAGUAGCUAGCUGGGUGAGUCGGUACAUCUGCAUUAUUACUUACAGUUCGAACAAAUCAAACACAGGCAAAGAAGAGGAAUGUAACAUGGGCGCUCAUGUUAUGUCUCUCUUCUUUUUCCACGUUUGAUUUGUUCACGCUGUAAGUAAUAAUGCCUUAACAAAUCAGAGAUUCACAUGAAUCAUGGAACCCAUGUCCCGUAAACAUUUGUGGCCGACUGUACCUAGAGCUUUCGUGACGAAAGCAAGGACACCAUUCGGCAGUGAACCCAUCAUUUGUGUGCAUUUUUUUUGCAAGGAAAUAUUGCCAGUGAAAUCAUUUUUACUGCUUAAACAUAGAGACCUCAACUUAAUGAAAUUUGGAAAUAUUAACGAAGUUCUUCUCUGUGAAUACAAUUUUUUAUGUUGAGGUUGGGUCAUGUACUCGUAUGAGGUGUUCAACGUUGAGGUGGUAAGUAAUCGUUGAGCAUUGCUUGUAGCGUGUGUCUGCAUCUAAUCUUCGAGAUUGCUUUAUCGUGAAGUGCGAUCAUGCAUUCAUUAUUUUAAGCUUCAUAUAGCCUAAGAAUAUACUGGUGCAAGCCAGUAAGCUCUGACAAUGGGAGCUACUUGGUGUUUUGAGUUUUUCGGCAGCCCCUAACUAAAGAAUGGGCAGUGGUUUAUGCAUUUAUAAUGUGGUAAAAGCAGUCUUUAUUGAUAUUUCUGGAUCUUUAAUAGCAAAGUACACUACACUUAGCUUCAAUAGUGCAAUGCUUGUAUUGCAACUGGUAGUUCAAAGUAUAAAACAAUAAGAAAGGUCGCUUAAUGGGAGUACACAUGACAGCAGAAGUAAUCGGAACUAGUCACAAAAUGCAUGACUUCCUCGUGACUGCAUCACACAACCUGAAAUUAAGGUGAACAAUGCAGUUGUCAUAUGGGGACAUAUUCACUGCAGUUUUUCAUUUGACAUUCAAUGCGUUUACGGCAAAGAAAGCUAGCUUAUUCGCAGAUGUCGUGCACCAACGAUUUUUCAAUGUCGUGCUCCAACGCUUUUUCAAUUGGGAAUUCAUUUUUCAUGUGUCAAGGUGAUGUCAAUGACACAUCACAUUAUACAUGUAAUGUUACGUUACACGACAAAAGGAACUUCUUUAACUGCUUGCUUGAGAUGGCUUCGAUGUAUGUCCAAAUGAAGUUCUUGAAGUCUGUUGCUUUGAAGGCAGCUAUCGCAGUAAAUUUUGUUUUAGAACAAAAGAAAACAGUCUCGUUUGUGUCGCAGUGAUGAUUAGAGAGUUUUAGCAUGUCACCAUCGCUGCCACUUCGUGCACCUGCUAGAUCUGCAUGGUUUAACUAAGAUGUGGCCAGCGUGCAGCUUGCUAAAAGAUCUCUAUUCCAAGGUCAUGGAUGCCGAUAGUCAACACAACUUGUAUACAUUGUUUUUUUCUUCAAAUUGUUGAAAGAGCUCCCAACCCUGCACAAUACAUCUGUGCAUAUACGGUUGAUCCUCAAUGUAAUGAAUGCAGAUAUAAUGAAUUCCUUUAUAUAACGAAGUUAAUUUUCUUGUUGAUAGCAGCUUAUUAUGAAUGUUGAAUAUAACAAGUAUUUUCAUGUUAAGUGUGACUUUGUUACAACAAUGUUUGUAACAGUAAUUACGCAUAAUACUGGAUGCCAGCUCAAGGGUGACUUGCAAUGCCUUGUGGUAAUUGGGUGAAGUUAGGUUUCAAGCAAUUUUGGGAGUCUGUUGCGAAGAACUGGCUGUCUAGUCAUCUUCUAUGGUCCUCAGUUUGCUGAGCUUUAACUGUUUCAUUUGUUUUGGCUGUCUCGUAUCUUUUUCUUCUUCUUUCCACAAUAUGUGUUUUAACUUUUUCUUGCUCAGAGUCUUGUGCUUUUAAGUGUUUUUUUUUUGUGUGGUUAUGUUAUGCAAGUUCUGUUGUUGUUUUGCUACUCUUUGUAUAGUUGAACAAACAUUCUUGGAACACAUUAGAACACAUUUUAACUCUUGGAUUUACAUAUCGAAGGAGUGUUUCCGGUCAGAGCAUUUAUAGAAGUGGAAUGGAUUCCACAUAAAUGACUUUUUUAACACAUUGUUGAACAGAGAUAAUGGUCUUCUAAUAACAGUGGUGGUGACUGUAUGGGUGGAAGUAGCUUUCUUAUCAUGGUUUUGACAGCAUAAAUCCACCCUUACCGACUCUGGCCAUGAAUUUUUCAUUUUUUAAUGUGUGUGUGUGUGUGAAUUAAGUGGACUGCUCAGAGACAUAAUGUACAGUCCAAGUCGUGAUAACAAGAGAACUCGCGGUUGCAAUCUUGAAAGUUUGCCACUGAUGGCCGAGUUUGAGCACAAGCCGUCAACUUCUACUAGGUUAUUUCUCUAUUGACUAAUAAACCAAACAGUACUUUGUUAAACUGAACACAAAAGGAAGAAAUACCACUGUUGGUUCUCUUUGAGCUGAAGAUAGAGGAACAUUGAAAAUACGUCCAUGAUGCCAGAAGUUCAUCCUGUGUUGAAUCAAUGGAAGACUAAAUGGUCCUGAACAGUUGAGCCUGCUGAACGAUACAGAGUGUACAGUUUUCCCACAAGUUACACAAUCUCUGUAAAACAAACGUGCCACAUGUUGUCUCAGCCCUGACACAGGGCUACUUAUUGUAGCAGAGAACACCUUAAAGGGCGAUUUUGAAUGUGCUGAGAAACACUGUGCUGUACGAUAAUACCAAUAACAGUUUGUUUAGCUUGUGUAUGAUGACAGCAUGCCAAUAACUGUGUCAUUUGCAUAUUGUGUUUGCAUCAACACAUGCCAUUGUAUUCAAGGGACAUUGUUAAUGUUUCAAUGCCUGAAGUGUCCGGACGUUGCCAAACUAUGCAUAAGAUUGAGGAGCAGAAUGGUGAAACUCACAAAAAUCGAUUGCCCAUAUUUUCUUGUUGACAGUGCCACUGCUUACAUGUGUUGUUUUUGCAUAAUUGUUUCUCUCUAUUUAGGUUUGCCUGAGGGUGCUCUGUGUUAUUUGUUAUAGUCGGUAGUCUUAGGAAAGGUGUAGAAAGAAUAGUAAUUUGUCUACAAAAGCAGCACUGUUGUAAACUUAAUGUUUCACUGUAGUACUGCUUAGCCAAUAUAGUUAAACGCACAUUUGUAUUUGCUAACAUGCACGCUGUCGUAUUAUCUUAUCUUUUCAGUCAUUUUUCACUGUGGCUGAACAACUCAGUGAUAGGCUAUGUAAAGACCGAUCAUUUAUUCUGAAAGAUCCCUAUUUAGACACAAACCAAACUGCCAAAAAGUGUUGCCAAAGCAGAACAGUGCAAUAUUGUAUUUAUACAGGUAGCUAUUCACUUUGGCCAUUUUAAUAAUACAGAGUGCGCAGUUUUCCAAGAAGUUACAUGAUCUCCAUAAAACAAAUGUGCCACUUCUGGUCUCACCCCUGACACAGGACUACUUAUUGUAGGAUGCAAUUGUUCCUGCAGUUCCUGCAGUAUGUAUCUAUAUCUGUGAUAACUGAGAACAAUUCCAUCUGUUAAAAAACCUAGAACAAGUGUUCCUUUAUUAAAUUCAAAAGACAUUUGUUUACCGAGUUUUAGAGGUUUUUUGUGUCUGUUGUGUUUGUGGCCUUGUUAUAAGCUUGGCGUUUUGUGACACACAACAUAUAGAGGUUUAAUAAAUAGCUUUUGUUAAACUUG